AUGGCCAACGCCCUUUACAACCUCUACCGGCUGGCAGGCCCCGCCGCAGUCGGCGUGCUAGCUUUCAACGCGUCCAUCUACGAUGUCAAGGGUGGACAACGAGCCGUCAUCUUCGAUCGUCUGUCUGGUGUGCAAGAGGAGGUUACCAACGAAGGCACACACUUUCUGAUCCCAUGGUUGCAACGGGCAAUCAUGUACGAUGUGCGCACUAAGCCACGCAACAUCUCUACGACAACAGGAUCGAAGGAUCUGCAGAUGGUCAGCUUGACACUGCGCGUGCUGCACCGUCCGGAGGUGCCGAAACUGCCGCAAAUCUACCAGUCCUACGGUACCGACUACGAUGAGCGUGUCCUCCCCUCCAUCGGAAACGAAGUGCUCAAAUCUAUCGUCGCUCAGUUCGACGCCGCCGAGCUGAUCACCCAGCGUGAAGCCGUCUCCAACCGUAUCCGUACAGACCUUCUCAAGCGUGCCUCGCAGUUCAACAUCGCUCUAGAGGACGUCUCCAUUACCCACAUGACAUUCGGAAAGGAGUUCACCAAGGCCGUCGAGCAGAAGCAAAUCGCCCAGCAAGAUGCUGAGCGUGCCCGAUUCAUCGUCGAGCGUGCCGAGCAGGAGCGCCAGGCUAACGUCAUCCGCGCAGAGGGUGAGGCCUCAUCUGCCGAAAUCAUUUCCAAGGCUGUCAGCAAGGCUGGUACUGGUUUGAUCGAGAUCCGUCGUAUCGACGCUAGCCGUGAGAUUGCUCAGACUCUCGCUUCUAACCCCAACGUCACAUAUCUGCCUGGUGGUGAGGGUAAGGAGGGUGGUAAGAGCACUAGCCUUCUGCUUGGUCUGCGGAAUUAA